AUGCGCAGCGCGGAUCUGGCAGCCGCGAGCGAGUUCCGUGUGCCGACGCAUGAGGUGCCGAACCGCUUCUCGCAGCCCGUCGGCGCCGCGACGCUGCGCGAGCAGAACCUCGUGCCGACAUGGCAGAGCGACGACACUGCGUCGGAGUGCCCAGACUGCCAGCGGCGCUUCACCUUCUUCGUGCGCAAGCACCACUGCCGCCGCUGCGGCCAGAUCCGAUGCGAUCGGUGCUCGUCGCAUCGCGUGCACCUCUCCGCUGCGGAGCUCGUCAUCGACCCGGCCAUGCCAGAAAUGCUCAUCACAGAGAGCAGUGGCCCGACACGCAUCUGCAACGCCUGCAAUGCGGACCGGCAGCUGCCGCCCGGCACCGCCGUGCGCUCGUUGCUGUCGCAGCUGCCGAGCAGCCACACCGAGAGCGACUUGCCGUCGUCGAUGAGCGACGUCAGCUCCCGCGCCAGCGAGCUCAAUGAGUGCCCAGUCUGCAGCACCACUCUGGCCACGCUUGGCGACUCGAUCACACAGGAGGAGCAUGUCAGGGCGUGUCUCGAGACGGGCGGCGGAGGAUCGCUGCAGGGCGGACGCUACCUGGUCUACAAGCUGCCGGAUACGGGACCCAUCGUCGGCAAGGAGUGCGUAAUCUGCCUCGAGGACCUGCUGCCCGGCAUGAUCAUCGCCCGUCUGCCCUGCCUCUGCUACUUCCACCGCGCGUGCAUCGACUCGUGGUUCAGCCGCGGCAAGGCCUGCCCGACGCACGCUCGCACGUGGUGA